CCUUAUGAGGUGGAAUUCUGUGCAGUUUAAUUUUUCUACGUCUUGCUGCAACACCAUAGAAGGCUUGAAAUUUUGACUUAGUUUUCGGACAUCAAUGGAACAAAAUGUGACCUAAAUCUAGACCUAUGGCACCAGUCUAUUGUCUCUCCAGUUCUAUAUACAUAUUGUCAUUGGAUAUCCAACCUGCCGUUUUAUCUUGUUCACGUAGGCUUUGCCAGUAUGACGAUCGUAGAACGUGGGCGCAUGAUCUGGCCAUGUCCAUCUGGAUGUGAGGACGCCCAGCGUUUGGUAACCGCAACAGACACGGGAGACCCCAACCCACUCCUGAUAGCAGCAGUGCGGGGCGGAAUCUGGUCACGUCUAGUGGAACACACGGCAUUCCGGUCGCUGGAUUUAGCGGAGCUCUUGGCGAAGGAAGAGGACAUCAGUGUCGACCAGGCCACUAUGCUGACGACACUCCUCCACACGACGCUGUUUGAUCACUAUGAUAUCCUUCAGACCGUCAGGUUUGCAGGAAAGUCGCCCCUCACGUGCAUUUUACGCGAGCUUAGGAUGAUCAAGGGGCGUGUCUUAUUGUAAGAGGAGUACUGUCUUUUACCUUCGCCAAGAAAGUUAGCACUUUUAGAUGUAAUGUCCAAGCAGACGUUGGGAGGGGAUACCAAGAUACCAAGUUUUGAAAUCAGUGUUUGUUCCUCAGCUCUGGCACACCACUUAGCAUUCAUUUUAUAUAGCCAUACAAUUUGUACAUUUAGAAAAAUCAGUACUUUUCAAUCUAUGAAAACUGGAGGUUUAGCACUGAGAUGUGUAUAGUGCAAUGGUGUAAUGUUUUAUACAUUGUAUUCUGUAAAUAACGAUAUUUUGUCUGUACAUAACAUGGGGUUCUAUUAAUUGAAAACUAUGGUAGCCAGUUGACUCUUAUCUAUAAAACUGUGAAAAGGCAUCUAUUGACUAGGGGCCAAAUGUGGAUUAAAUGACAGUAAAAUGUAUAAUAAUUGCAGACGAUACUGCCCAGCCACCACAUUAAAGUGUUCCUUGUGAAUCUGUGUAUCUCUGUCGCUUAUUUCUUUGACUCAGCUUCGGUAUCAGCACGCACUGGGGUAAAGGUUAGAGUGCUUGGCCCAGAACGUAGAGGUCAUGGAUUCAAAUCCUGACAUGCCACCGAUGUUGUACCCUUCGGAAAGGCACUUUCCUCACUCAACUCAGAUGUAAAAAUGGGUACCUGAAUUCGAGUGGGGAGGUAGAAAGCGAGGAUCAGGGCUCCGCCUUCCAAUACCGUGCCAUAUACUAUAGACACGUUGUAUAACAAACCACUGCCUCUACGGCCUUAAAAAGGUUUUGGGACCUUUGUUCUUUAUUUACGGAUUGCGGCAUUCAAAUAAGUGAAUUAGUUUUAGCUGAGCUUCUUCCAAUCAUUAUGUUGCUUUAAUGUAGACUUUUUACCUAAUGUGAAAUCUCAAUGAUUUUACAUGACACAGUUAUGACUCUUUUACUGCUUAUAUAGUGUAUUGCAUGCUUAAGCCCCCUUCACAUGAGAGCACGAAUGAGCCGGAAUGCCGUCAGAAUGGAAAAUUGUUUUCUAUUCCUGGCAAUUCCUGGCAAUUCGUACUGUAUUCUAAACAUU